AUGAGCACGGCGCAAGAAAGCAUACCCCCCACACGGCGUGGCGGAGCAACAUCCUCGGGGCGAAGAGGAGGAGGCUCGUCGUCCAACUCUUCAAGAGGCGGUCGUCGCGCCAACUUUGGCGGUUCGCUCACCGCUGCCGAUGCGAAUGCUGCUCCCGCCAACGGCAACGGCAACAGCAACAGCAGCAGCAAUCGUUCGCGCCCCAACAACUCCAGGCAACCCCGAACCAAGGCAAACCAGGCAGCACAAGGCAGCAACAGCGCCGCACCGACCGCUGCGCCGCAACCAGCGGCUGCCAGCGCAGACAAUACGAUCACCACCACCACCACCACCGACGACGACGACGACGAGGGCGAGCUGCCUCCGGACGUCGACGUGUGCUUCAUCUGCGCCGACCCAGUCAAGCUCACGUCGCUGGCGCCGUGCGACCACCGCACAUGCCACAUCUGCGCGCUGCGUCUGCUGGUGCUGUACAAGAAGGACCAGUGCACCUUUUGCAAAGCCAAGAUCGACCGUCUCAUCUUCACCUCGUCGCCGACCAAGAACUUUGAAGACUUCCAGCCGACGGACAUUCCUUACUCGGACCGCAAGCUGCCGAUCAGUUUCGAGUCGAAGGAGGCGCUCGAGGAGACGGUGCUGCUGCUUCGGUACAACUGUCCGGACCCAAACUGCGAGGUGGCGUGUACGGGAUGGCGGGACUUCAAGGCACACGUGCGUCGCGAGCACGACCGGCUGGUGUGCCAGCUGUGCAUCACCAACAAAAAGAUCUUUGCGCACGAGCACACGCUGCACACGGCGCAGUCGCUCGCGGCGCACGAAAAGCAGGAGCACAAGCUGUGCGAGUACGAUCGUACGCUUUUCUACGGUGACGACGAGCUGUUUGCACACAUGCGCGACCGCCACGAACAGUGCCACAUCUGCAAGGCGAGCGGCACCGCAGAGGAACGCUGGAAGUACUACCGCGACUACAACAUGCUCGAGCGCCACUUCCGCAACGACCACUGGCUCUGCGAGAACGCCGAGUGUCUCGAGAAGAAGUUCAUCGUGUUUGAGAGCGAGGUGGACUUCAAGGCGCACCAGGUGCAGGAGCACGGCAACGAGCUGUCGAGCCGCGAGCGCAGGGAGGCGCUUCGGAUCGAGGCCAACUUUUCGUACGACGACAGCAGCAGCGAGGCUCGUCAGGGCGGAGCGGGUCGAUCGGGUGCGGGGCGGAAGGGGAAAGGGCGUGCGGAGGGGACGGAUGCGGGUGCAUCGGCGUCCGAGAAUCGCGAUGUGUUGGGUGUGUCGUCGCUGGCAUCGCGUGCGCAUGUCCCCGGCGCGGGGCCGGCGAACCACGCAUCGCGCCGCGCCAUGUUUGGAUCGGGCCUCACCACCCCAGCACCUCAAGGUGUUGCUGCGGAUCGGGUGCGCACGGUCACGGACGAGCGGAGCAUCGAAGAGCGUCACCAGGCGUAUAUGGACAAGGCGUCGCGGGUGCUCGGAGGGUCCGAGGCGCGCAUCGCCUCAUUCCGCGCCUGCGUACGUGCGUUCAAGAGCGGCGAGUCCUCUGCGCGCGAUCUGAUCAGCACACUGCACUCGCUCGUGCAGGAGAUGGACGACUGCGCACCCCUCGUCAACGGUCUCGUCGACCUGCUCGACGACCGCGACAAGAGCAAGGCGCUCAGCGAUGCGUGGGCGGGAUACCGAAUCGAACGCACGCAGUUUCCCUCGCUCACGCCCUCGGGUGGGGUGGGUGCAGGGGUGGCGUUGGGGUCGGGCUAUGCAGGUGCAGGGCGUGCGCUGAAGAACAUCAAGAAAUCCUCGGCCGCAACCUCGGCCGUGUGGGACAACGUCGAGCGGGCCGCUUCUGCGUCUUCUGGUCACGGGGCCGGCAGACCGGUUGCACUGCGCGAGCACUUUCCGAGCCUGGGCAGUGGUUCGGCUCGCUCGACGAGUGUGCCUGGGUCACUGGCGCACGCAGUGGCGCACAGUGCUGCUACGCGCGCUGCGGCGCCCAGUGCAAAGUGGAGUGCAGCCUCGCCCGUCGUGGUUGCUCCCGCCGCAAAGCCGUAUGUGGCGCGAGUGCAUUCGGGCGGUCCGACGCGAGCAGCCGUGAGUGCAUCGGCGUUCCCGAGUCUGCCGACGAAUGCGGCGAAAAAGGCGAUCAACGAGCAGAAAAAGUCGCUCUUCAACAGGUCUCCCGGCGCAAGUGGCGGUGCAACCCCCCGUGGGUCAGGCUCGGGUUCGAAUACCCCCUGGAUCCCACAGCCGGGUAGGAUCGAUGACGGUCAGGGCCUUGGCAGCUUAGACGGGCUCAGCGAGGCACUGGUCGAGAGUCAGGAGGGAGCAGGCAAGAAGAAGAAGGGAAAGGCAAAGGGCGUGCAGUUGGCCGCGUUUGGUGGCGUGCAUCGUGGUUGA